AUGCCGUCGUCGUACCACAGUGACAAGGGGGACACGACAACGUUGACGUUAAUUGUGCCCCCGAUACCCGCGCGACGAACGUCUUCUCCUAAUUGUAAGGAAACUUACGUGCCAAACCGGAGUUCACGAUUUGCACCUGAGAAGAAAGUAACGUGCGUAAUAGUCGGGGACGCAGCAGUUGGCAAAACAAGCCUCAUCGUCAGUUACACGACCAACGGUUAUCCCUCAGAGUAUGUUCCUACCGCUUUCGACAAUUUUGCAGCCCUUGUAGUGGUGGAUGGGGAGCCAGUGAGGCUACAGCUGUGUGACAUAUCGGGCGAGAGGCUGUCCCCCAGUGGAGAGCAUAAUGAGGAGUUUGCCAAGCUGCGCUCGCUGUGCUACGGCGGUGCGGACGUCUUCCUGCUGUGCUACAGCGUGGUGCAGCCCUCCUCCCUCCGCAGCGUGGUCGCCAAGUGGGGCCCCGAGAUCCGACGCCACCGGCCCCACGCCCCCAUCCUGCUGGUGGGCACACAGGCAGACCUGCGCCAGGACGUACAGGUCCUGAUCCAGCUGGCGCAGCAGGGGCCAGAGGAACACCCGGUCUCCGCGGAGGAAGCCAGCGCCUGCGGCCAGCAGAUCAAUGCUGUGGCCGUCACCGAGUGCUCCGCGCUCACCCAGAAGAACGUGAAGGAGGUGUUCGACGCGGCCAUCGUGGCUAGCAUGGAGGAGCAGGAGGGAGGCGGUGGAGCAGGAGGAGGAGGAGGAGGAGGAGGAGGAGGAGGACAGCUGGACCAGAGGCACUACCUGAGGAGCACCCACAACAAGAUCCGCAAGCUCUCCGAGUCCUGGUGGAAGAAGUUUAGCUGCAUAUCCGAGACCAUGACACCGUGACAAAACGUGGCAAAACUUUCUCUUGUGAGAAAAACACGCUGCUGUAUUUAAUUUUAAAAAAUGUAAUAUUAAGUAAUGAUCAACAACACAACUAUGGUAGCACGAUAGUUAUAAACCACACAACACACCUUUUCCUGCAUUUUUUUGGUGCAAAAUUGCACUGUUUUCAUAUACAAAAUUCCAAAUUAUAGUGUCACACAGUGUUGUGCUGCUACUGUAUACUGUGAAUGCAGUAUUACUGUGACCCAAGAGCACUGUAUAUCCUGCAAAAAAGCUACAUUAUGCAGUAAUUUGAUAUGGACACAAAAAUGCUGCUACCAGAAACACAAGGGAUGUGCUGUGUUGUCCAGUGGGAAUGUAUCUCUGUCUUCAUUAUUGUGGGUUGGAAUUGUUGGUAGUUUGUGAAGUAGGGGGGAGAUAUGGUGAAUUCAGGUAAAUUGGGCCAUGUUUUUGCAUAUAAGCGAAUGGCCCCAAAGUGGCCCAAUUUACCUGAAUUCACCUACUUAUGUUGUUGUAAGAUACUUAUUAUAAGGUACUUGAUGAACUCACUGUGUGCCCACUGCUAUACCCCAACACAACACCUCACAUCUUUAUUACUGAAAUAUAAUAUACAAGAUUAUGCCGUUUUACAAAAACAAAUAGAGUUUUUAUACCAGUAGUGGAAUUAACUAAAGAUUGUGUGGAAAAGUUGAAUGAUAUUAUAAAUAUAGCCUUCAAGAGAUUUUAAGAAAAAGUUUGUUUAAAGUAUUUGUAUUUUUUACACUGAACUAUGUAAUGCUAUUUUUAUAUUUAUAUAGUGAGUGACCUUACAUCACAUAGACAGUGCAGCUGGUAUAGCCAGUGAAACAAUGAGCUGUUGGAGAGCAAUUUUGGUUUGUAUUCUUUUUUUAAAGUAUUUAUUAAUAUAUAUUAUUGCUAAUUUACUUUAAAUGUAUGAAUGUAUUUAUAUCAUGUACUAAUCUGUGUCUUUAUUCAUAUCAGUCGCAAUUCUUUUGU